GCGGGCAGACAGGCGGCGCUCUCCGCCUCCCUGGCCUGGCCUGGCUCGGCUCGCCGCUUCCUCCCGUCGCCUCCAAGCGGAAGAUGGCGGCGGUCUGAGGCGCGCGGCCCGCCAGAGCUGAGGGAGCCGGGGCCGAGCCGAGGGAGCCGACCGGCGGCUCCGGCCGCACCGAGGGGCUCCCGGCGCGGGCGUGAGGGACGGCGCGGAGGCAGAGAGGGAGCGCGGCACGGGGAGCGCCUCGCCGGCGCCUGCCGCUUGUCGUCGGAGAAGGCUUGUAACUGUGACUCAGAAAAUUAAGACCAAAAGGUGGCGAAUUCAGAAUAACAACCAUGUGAUUGGCAAGCUCAUCAGUUGGUGGCACUACUUCAUUUUCUGGAGAGCCUAUUCUUUCCUUACGAGCGCAUGUAGCCUCCUUGCUGCCUAGGAUUCUUCUCAGCCAGCGAAGAAACCACAAGGAGGAAGUGCUCGAGGGAGCAAUGGGAAUUGAAGGCCAUGGUCACUUGAGAUAAAUGGCAGAUCACUGGGGAUCUAGUCUUGCAGCUGCUCACCUAGGCCUGUGUGCUCUCUGCAGCCUACGUUUGUUUUCUCUGAGCUGCCACGGGCUCUUUUGGUGGUGGCGCUGGAGACACCAAGGCAGCUUGAUAGGUGCCAAACUUGAGGCAAGGUUAAGUCACCCACCUCAUCAUGAUUCAGCUGUGGAAAGUGGUGAGGCACGUGCGACAGUUGGAGCUCCACAGACUGAUUCUGCUGCUUAUUGCCUUCAGCCUGGUCUCCAUGUGCUUCCUGGCUUACUAUGUCACUAACAGUCCCAAAAUCAAGGAACCGCCCCCUCUGCCCUUCAGCGAUUGCAGUAAUCAACACAGGAUCCUCAUCCAGCCCCAGGCAAGCUGGAGGCUUACGAAAUCAGUCGACAACUCACGCACAGACCCUGUGGUGCUAGUGUUUGUGGAAAGCAUUUAUUCCCAAUUGGGUCAAGAGAUUGUAGCCAUCUUAGAAUCUAGUCGCUUUAAAUACAGGACAGAGAUUGCUCCUGGAAAGGGGGAUAUGCCCACUCUAAUGGACAAGGACCGUGGUCGCUAUGCUCUUAUUAUCUAUGAGAACAUCCUUAAAUAUGUGAACCUGGAUACCUGGAACAGGGAUCUCUUGGACAAAUACUGCGUGGAAUAUGGAGUAGGGAUCAUCGGUUUCUUCAAGGCAAAUGAGAACAGCUUGCUUAGUGCUCAGCUCAAAGGCUUUCCUCUCUUCCUACAUUCCAAUUUGGGGCUGCGAGAUUAUCACAUCAAUCCCAGUGCCCCACUUCUGUACGUCACCCAGGCGAACGAAGUGGAACAGGGCCCUCUGCCUGGGGACGAUUGGACAGUGUUCCAGUCAAAUCACACAACCUAUGAACCCGUAUUGAUGGCCAGCACCAAAUCCUCUGAGUCAAUCCCUCACCUGACUACGCACAGAGCUCUGCAUGCCACAGUGGUGCAGGACCUUGGUCUCCACGACGGCAUCCAGAGGGUUCUCUUUGGUAAUAAUCUCAAUUUCUGGCUGCACAAGCUCAUCUUUGUUGAUGCUAUUGCUUACCUGACUGGCAAGCGUCUCUGUCUGACCCUUGACCGCUACAUCCUUGUGGACAUUGAUGAUAUAUUUGUGGGCAAAGAGGGGACACGCAUGAAGGUGUCUGAUGUAGAGGCUCUUUUAAACACUCAGAACAAGUUGAGGGCUCUGGUUCCCCAUUUCACUUUCAAUCUGGGAUUCUCUGGGAAAUUCUACCACACUGGGACAGAUGAGGAAGAUGAAGGAGACGAUAUGCUCUUGAAGAACAGGAAGGAAUUCUGGUGGUUUCCUCACAUGUGGAGUCACAUGCAGCCACAUCUCUUCCACAACGUUACUGUGUUGGCAGAGCAAAUGAAACUCAACAAGCAGUUUGCUUUGGAACACGGGAUUCCCACAGAUAUGGGCUAUGCAGUUGCUCCCCACCACUCAGGGGUUUAUCCGGUUCACGCCCAGCUCUAUGAAGCAUGGAAAACUGUUUGGGACAUUCGGGUGACCAGCACAGAAGAAUAUCCUCAUCUUCGACCUGCCCGAUAUCGACGAGGGUUCAUCCAUAACGGUAUCAUGGUGUUGCCUCGCCAGACUUGUGGUCUUUUUACUCACACUAUAUUCUAUAAUGAGUAUCCUGGUGGCUCCAAGGAAUUAGACAAGAGCAUUCGUGGUGGAGAACUUUUCCUGACAGUACUCCUGAACCCAAUCAGCAUCUUCAUGACCCACUUGUCCAAUUACGGCAAUGACCGGCUUGGGCUCUACACUUUUGAAAGCCUUGUCAAAUUCGUGCAGUGCUGGACCAAUCUUCGUAUUCAGACGUUGCCUCCCAUCCAGUUGGCCAAAAAGUAUUUUGAAAUAUUUUCAGAGGAAAAGAACCCUCUGUGGCAGAACCCUUGUGAUGACAAGCGGCAUAAGGAUAUCUGGUCAAAAGAGAAGACGUGUGACCGGCUUCCCAAAUUCCUUAUUAUUGGUCCUCAAAAAACUGGAACAACUGCUGUGCAUUUCUUUCUCUCCAUGCACCCAGCUGUAACUAGCAAUUUCCCAAGCCCAUCCACCUUUGAAGAGAUCCAGUUCUUUAAUGGACCCAACUAUCACAAGGGAAUUGAUUGGUACAUGGAAUUCUUCCCCAUUCCUUCUAAUGCCAGCACAGACUUCAUGUUUGAGAAAAGUGCCAAUUACUUUGAUACCGAGGUAGUCCCUAAACGAAGCGCGGCUCUUCUUCCACAGGCCAAAAUCAUUGCUGUCCUUAUCAACCCUGCUGACCGAGCCUACUCUUGGUAUCAGCAUCAACGGGCUCACAAUGACCCUCUGGCACUGAACUACACCUUUUACCAGACCAUUUCUGCUGGGCCCCAGGCCCCUCAAGGGCUGCACAAUCUACAGAGUCGUUGUCUGAAUCCUGGAUUAUAUUCAACACAUCUGGAGAGAUGGCUAACGUAUUUUCCAUCAGGGCAGAUUCUGGUAGUUGAUGGACAGGAGUUUCGACACAGCCCCUCUCCUAUUAUGGACAGCAUUCAACGGUUUCUGGGAAUUACACCACUGCUCAACUACACACAAGCACUAAAGUAUGAUGACGCAAAGGGAUUUUGGUGCCAGCUGCUUGAUGGAGGAAAGACUAAAUGCCUGGGGAAGAGUAAAGGGAGAAAAUAUCCAGAGAUGGAUUCCUCGUCCCGCAUGUUCCUGGCAGAUUUCUACCACGAGCACAACAUUGAAUUAUCCAAGUUGCUGAAUACGCUCAGGCAGCCUCUCCCCACCUGGCUCAGGGAGGAGCUGCAGAAUUCGAGCUGGAGCUGAAGCCCGUAUCUCCACGAGCAAGACUGCCAAACGAACUCAAGAGGGAGCCCUCGGGAAGGACACCUAUGUGCGCGCACACACACACACAUACACACACACACACCUCACUGCCAACUUUCUUUGAAUCACCCAGAGAGGGAGGAGGAAGCGUGCCAUCUGUGGGCGACCCAUGCACCUUCAACUAUUUAUGGUUUGAUGCAGCUGAGAGAAACCUUCAGACCAUAAUUGCACAAGACACUGUGCAGCAGUUGUCCACUGUUCCCAAAUUCUAUGGUAACUAACAUAGGAAUGUGUGUAGCCUGUAAUUCCCAGAUGCAAGGAAGCUGAAAGCAGUAUCUCCCAAGGAGCAGAAGCAUGCAGAUGUGUAGGCUACUGUGACAUUUCUUGUUAAUGUCCAAAACGCUCAGGAAACUAGCAAGUGAAUGUCUUACUAUUUGCGACAGCUCUCUAAUACGUAUAGGGUGGUGUUUCCAAAGUUCUUAGUCAUAGACAUCAACUGGCAUUUUCUCAAUUCCAUUUUAGUUAUUUCAUUGUUUCAACCCCAGGGGUCAGGGAAGCAAAAUAGGUGACGUCACUAGAAUGGUACAGACAUUCUCAGAUAGAAAGUGGUUUGUGACAAGUAAAAGAUGGAGAGAAAUCCAACGGGCUUUCUUCAGCCACUGCGAGAAACAUAUCUUCAUCUGGGAUGAAAAGUUGUCCUCUGAUGCCCCGCUGCAUGGAUUUUUCUUCUGCAUUUAGUUUUUAGUCGUCACCUUUCGUUCCUUUCUGAGCACAGAUUGAGAGGAAACAGAAUUGGUACAAAACUUGUCAUUUUGCCUCAAGCGAGUCUCCGGUUUCCUUGUAGAAUCGAUUCCUGUUUUAUCUUCUGCCUUGCUACCACGAUCUCUUGGGAGUACAAAGCAGAUUCUUGCCCAUCUCUCAAACAUGCCUUAUGUACAGUGGCCCAGCAACUCCCAAGAAAACCAGUGCUGAGCUCACUGGAAAUAACGCCGACUUAGCCAGGGAGACACCUUGGGGCAACAUCUGUAACUUGGUGCGUUCAUUCAACCAGGGAAGCAAGUGAUUUCAACCAAGCUUUCGCAUUGAGCCUUAGUUGUUGUGCAUUUUUAAUUGUGAAUUUACCAUUGUCUGUAAAUAUAUAAUAUGGACUUUAUAAUAUCUCAUUCAAUGUGUCCCCAAGCAGCGGGAAAUGUUGUGUAACCAAAAAUGUAACCCACCCACCUAAACCCCUGUGGCUGAAGAAAGAAAGGGAAAAAAAAGUGCUGUUCUUCCUGCACUGGAUUCAUGUCUAUUGUCAUUCACAUUGAAUGAUACAAAUAAAUUCUUGGCUCUUGCAGCUGAUCACAAUGUCUAAAUAAAAAUUAGACAUCCCAUUUGGAUCAAUAAAUGAACUGCUUUAUUUCUUGUUAGACGUAGAUGUUCAAGUUGUGCUAACCUUUUUCCUGACCGAAUAGCACUGAUUAUACAUGCAGCAAUGAAGAUCUCUCUACCCUGGGUUAUAAGAACCUGACUUAGUUAUUAAAAUGAAACUAGAAAACAGUAACACUUAAGACUAGAUAAUCUCAAAAAAAAAUCUGAUCAAUAAUAUAAGAAACUGUAUUUUCUGGAGGAGAAACAUGAGGCUAAUUGGAAGGACUUUUAAGCCUGAUUGGGAUCUGGUAAGAGAUUCAAAGCUUAAGGAACUACCGUGAUGUCCAUGUGAAUUGCAAGGGAAGAAACUUCUAAACAAGGAGUGAAGUGGAAGGUCAAGGACGCAUUAGAGGAGGAAAAUACACACACUAUUCAGCUCUAGUCCGUGAACGUAACAGGAGAAAAAUUGGGUGUAAAACUUAGUCGCAAAAGAGGCCAAGCCUAUAUUGUGUUCAGCACUUAAGACCACAGACAGCUUCUUUGAAACAUUUCAAAACCACACUUAAACAAUGUAGGAGGCCUUUUCCUGGGAUCGGGCUCCAGCUCCAGAGGGUGGCUGAGCAUUUCUGAGAAAGGAGCUGGCUCUCUGAAAGAGCUGCGUGUCCUGAGGCCUUUUUGCCGUUCGCUCCAAGGCACCUCAUAGCUCUUUUCAAGGGAAUCAAAGACAUUUCCAGAAUGGCUAGUAUAAAUGUUAAUUGGAAUGCCCUAGUCAACUAUAAGGGAUAAGCUGAUGAUGAAUAUCACAAAGAUAAAUGAUUUAUAUUUACUAUUAUUGUAAAAAUAACAGGAGCUAGGAAUUUUGAGUCUGUGCUAGACAGUUCCCCAUAUUUACAGCAGCAAAUCAUAACCUAUAUGCAAACAAACGUAGAUUUCAGGGUUGGCAGAGGCCAAGCCCAUUGUUGUGUCUGCGCCCCCUCCCCCCGAGCCGGGCCCCCUGCCAGAAAGUGACUCGGAAAGUGAGGGGGAAGGGCCAUCAGGACUUACCUCUGGAGCACCGGCUUCCCUGGCUUAGCUUCAGGAGCCAGAGGCAGGCCAGAUGGAGGAGAUAAUGAGGCCUCCGUCCCCUGACUCUUUCCCCCCCCCCAGGCCACGCCUCCAGACCCAGCUGAUGGCAAUCAGGCCUGGCUGGACCCUAGGUUUCGUAGGCAGGAGAGGCGGGAACAACAGAAGCAGGGGUGGGGAAGGCCUAGGAAGUGCUGAGUCAUGGAGCCACACCCCACAGGAUAUAAAGGCAGCAAGAGCUGUGUGCCUCUUCGUAGUAGGCAAAAUCAACCGCUUAAGUAGAGCUGAAGUACUGUUUGUUCCUGGGUGACUCAUCAGCAUCCAGGGAGAUAACAGAGACACUUGGCAGACGCUCGCUAGUUUGCUGCCAGAGCUGAUAGUGCCGGCUAAUUAAGCCAUCACUCGGACGGAGGCGAGGGGGGACAGAACACCCAUCUCAUUUUUAGAUUCCACCAUCGUGCUGCUUUUAGGAAGGUUUCUCCGUCGCUGAACCAGAACUGACUUGGAACACUUGACUUGCACUUUACAGUGACCUAGAUCCUUCCUUCUGUACACAUGUCUUCAAAUGCCUGGAGAAAGUGCUGAGCGUUCUUCCAAUGUUCGCAUUCUAUCAUUCACGGAAAAAGCAGCUGCAUUCAGACAUACACAAAUUCUAGUUCUGAGAACAGGAUUUUUGUAAUGGGAUCUAAACAGAAUAACUGCUUCAAUAGUUACUGUUACAGGCAAACUAUUUGUGAUCUUUGGGCCUCAACUGAUGACAAAUAAAAAGCUCACCUGUAGGAGCCUGGUAGUCAGGUAGAACUCUAGAACCACAGCUCUGCUCUGGACUUGACAUCUAU